GCGGCAGCGGCCUCGCGCAGCGUCGCCUACAGGAAUCAUUAUUUUUAGCGCCUGGCUCGUGUUGCAGUGUCGGGGUCGCAAGAAGCUUUUCUCUCCAUCUCUGUUCAAUUGGAGCAGGACUCGCAAACUGCGAGUUUUUGCACGAGAGAGCUACGCAACGCGCUGACUGCGUGAAGUUGCGGGUCGGUCGAUGUUUGAAAGCGAGGAGGGGGAUAACAGACUGACAGAGCAGGGGGGGGGAGCACCAACAUAUCGUGUCCCCAUUUCACCAGCGUCCGAUACACUCUCCGGUGCUCGUUUAACGGACAGCCAGGAGAUGGCUAGCCCCACAGCAGGUCGAGAAGUCCCGGAUGCUUCACCGCAGGACGAGCCGGAGGCGUCGGCUCAGCCCCAUCCCGAACCAGCCUGUCUGGAGGCUCAGAAAUGGAUAGAGGCUGUAACAGGGAAGAGCUUUGGAGAAAAGGACUUCCGCAGUGGACUGGAGAACGGCAUCCUGUUAUGCGAGCUGCUGAGUGAGAUCCAACCAGGGCUGGUCAAGAAGAUCAACAGACUGCCCACCCCCAUCGCUGGCCUGGACAACCUAUCUGUCUUCCUGCGGGGCUGUGAGGAGUUGGGCCUGAGGGGCGCCCAGCUGUUCGACCCCGGGGACUUGCAGGACACUUCCGUACGAGCUAACCUCAAGAAGGAGGGGCCUGUUGUUUGUUACAAAAACAAAAAUGUGUUUGUCCCCGUCCCUGUUUGGUGUGACCCUGCGCACCCCAACAAAGACAUGAAACUAGAAAUCCAUCCCCCGCACCUCCUCCAUGCGCAUCUGGUUUCCUCCCGCUCCUCCCCCCUCCCCUCUUCACCGUGUCACAUCACCAGCACUCAUGAAGGUGAUGAAAGUGGUGACGGUUCACAGAAGCGCAGUGUGAGGGACAGCGGCUACGACUGCUGGGACUCUGAGAGAAGUGACUCUCUCUCUCCACCGCAACACACUCGUGACAACUCCCUAGACAGUCUGGACUCCAUUGGCUCUCGCUCACAGCACAGCCCUUCUCCUGAUGUGGUGAAUCGAGGCAACAGUGAUGGACGAGGCAGCGACUCGGAUGCUGAUGCCCCCAGCAGGAGGCCAGAUGUGAGGAAGGAUGACAUGUUGGCCAGACGGACGGCCAGCAGUGAAUCAAGAAGCUUCGUUCCCUUUAACCAGUUUCUUCCCAACCGAACCAACACCAGCUGCUACAUCCCCGCUCCACGCCGAAAAACACAUACAGAGGAAGGAGAUCAGCGGAGUCAAGCCUCUCAAGAGCAGUCCACAACAACUGGACCGCAACACAGAACUCCCAAGACUGUCACUUGGGCACCCGAGAAAAAUGAGGAAAAACAGGAAGAGGAAAAAGUGAGGCAGGAAGUGUUGGAGCAGAAGAAGCUGCAGAGGUUGAAGAAGGCAGGGAUUAAAGUUCUGCCUGCUGCCGCUCGCUACAGCAGCCCUCCAACAAUGGAGGAACAGGAAGUGAGGUCUCCGUCCCCGAGCAUCAUCCUUCGCUGCGAAAAUGAAUUUUUGAGCAGUCAGAAAUCUGCGUGGGACUCUUCCUCUGAUGCGGAAGAGGAGGCCGAGGUGCGGAAAGUCCCGGAUGUUCGUAAAGACGAUCUAGCAUCCAGACGAGCUCAUCGCGGCACGGUUGCUCCCAAGGUGCACCAGUUUGUCCCAACACCUGCAUGUAGCAGCAAAGACAGGGAGCGCUGGGAAGGCAUUAGACGAGCCUCGCAGCAAACACUGCAGGAGAAGGAGAUCAGUGACAAGGAAAAAGUCCCUGACAUCAUUACACGCCGAGACAAUCCUUUCCUAAACUCCGCCCCUCGCCACGAGGAAGAGGAGGACGGGGAGGAAGAGGGAGAAGAGGGGAAGGUCAUAGCAACGCCUAAUAAGCAGAAGGAUGACCUGGCUCGUAGGCGGGCUCUGAAUAAGUCCCUCCCUCACAGGGACGGACCACUGAGCUUUGUUUCUGCCCCAAUGAGCGAGAAAGAUAUGCAGAGGUGGGAGAGACUCAAGAUGACUGAACCCAGUGAGGCCAGCCCGGCCCCAGCCGUGUGUCAGGCUUGUCUGGAGAAAAAUUAUGGAAGUCCUUUCAGCGGAUCAGCAAAGGCUAGACGGGGUCACUGCAAAGUUGUGACCUUUGGGGGCGUGACAGAGAUCGAGCAGCCAGUAGACACAAUCGCAUCAAGUGAAGGGGAAGAGACGGAGUUGCUAAGACGACUCCUUUCCAAGGCAACUGUAGCCAUGCCUACUAUUGGUCUGGGCUCCCAGCUUUCAGAGCGGGAACGCAGCCAGGUGGAUGGAGCUGACCUCAAUCAAACCACCCCUGCCUUUACUGCCCUCCCACCCUGCACCCCUGAGACCCCUCCUACUCCUGCCGAGAUGGAUGCACGUCUGGCUCAGUAUGAGAAAAGAGCAGAGGAGGAUGAUGAUGAGGAGGAGGAAGAAGAGAGGAUCCCAGAUCUUCAGAAAGACGACAUGAUGGCAAGGAGGACAGGAGUUUUCCAUAAACAAAGCACUUCUACAGCGACGUUCAACCGUUUCCUGCCUCUGCCCAGUACCAAGCGCUGCACUCAAGGCGAGGUCACCACUGACGCGGCUCCGCGGAACAGAAGGGAGGUGCAGGCAGACAGGAGAGAGAAAGUAAACGCCAGAGUGGAGCAACAGCAACCCAGAGUUCCCAUGGAAACACCUGAGAGGACUGUAAUCCGAGCAACGUCUCACAGAGAAUAUGACGAUGAAGAGGAUGAGUAUGAUGAAAACGAGCCUUUGCCUGACCUGGAGAAGGACGAUAUGAUGGCUCGAAGGACCGGAUCAUUCGUAAAACCCAGUUCAGUCAAAACAAAUCAGACCAGAAACCAGUUCCUGCCGGUACCUGGAUCAGUGAAGUAUAAAGUCGCCCCUGUGUCUGCAAUGAAGCCUCUGCACAGCAGACCGAAACUCACUGAGAAGAUGGCCAGUGAAAGCAGCAUCGUUACCGUGGCAGCAGAACCUCAGGCUUCGCUCUCCAGAGCCUCGACCCUCCUUAAGUGUGCCGGUCUGAGGGAGAGGCAGGGGGCGGAUGGGAAGCAAGAGGGACACAUGACGAUCCCUAAAACCUCUGUGACAGAUGUUACAGAGCCCCUCUCUGCUCCGUCCUCCAGCUCUGCCACUUCCCUAACUUGCAAAGUGGAUAAGUCAAGUGUAGAGGAGAGAGUGGAGGAGAGAAAGACAGAAAUGAACGAAAGAAAGAAACCAUUCUGGCUGGACGAGGAUGAUCUGCCUCCCAUCAUGGUGAGCCGGCGAGUUGCUUUUAUGUCUGAGGACACUGAGACCGUGAGCAUGAGUGACAUACUUAACGAGGAAGAGGUGGGACACUUACCGCCAGUGAGCCAAUCACGAAACGAGCGCAUGCACGAGCAGUACAACAACUCUCAGGAGGACGACGACCCCUGGAGAAACGACUUGGCUCGCUGGAAGAAUCGGCGUCGCUGUGCAUCACAGGAUCUGAUCAAGAAGGAAGAAGAGAGGAAGAGGAUGGAGAAAAGGAUGAAGGAGGAGGGAAUUGACAGUAACAAGAGGAAAAGCAUUAAAACCUACAAAGAGAUCGUAGAGGAGAAGGAGCGCAGAGAGCUCGAGUUGUGUGAAGCCUACAGGGAUGCAGGGACUCCAGAAGAGGCUGCCAUGGUUUUACAGCGCUACGCUCUUCGCUUCACCAUCAGUGACGCAACACUGGACAGCUUAAAACUGCCCAGAUCCACCUCAAAUUCUAAACAGGAACAUAAUCAGGCGGACAAGCAGAACACAUUGACUCCCACUAUUGAUGACACAUCAGAACCGCCGGACAAACCAGAACAACCUGUGAUAAAAGAGCAGAGGCACACAGAGCCUGAAGACAUGGAGACAAAAAAAACUCAACAAGAGACGUCAGUUUCGGUCUCCUCCAGCUCCGGGUCACCUGGCAGCCCCCUCAGCCCCGUCACAAUCUCAGAAAAUGUCCCCCCUCAGUCCCUUAAACUAAAUGAGCCUCGAGCCAAACCGACAGAGUCUCCAACCGCUCCGCAAAAACCACCAGCUGCAGAAGAAACAAAGCCUCAUACCAAUCACGCUCGGCCUCAAAUUGUUCAGGUGCAGCCUCACACCACACAGCCCACAUACACACUCCCCUCCCCCCGACCUGUCUCCCCCCGACCCGUCCCCCUGCUGGCAGCCAAACCCUACUGCAAGCCCAGGAGCACACAGUCCGGACACAAACCCGUCAAGAUGGACGGGUUGGUGCGAGUUAAUGGAGAGGUGACUGAAGAUGUACCUUGUUCCACUCCACCGACCUCUGCUCUGCACUCGCCAUCAAAGGUCAAAGAUGUUCCCUCAGAGCAGAAGGAGGAAGAAGUUCCCUCCAAACAGACGGAGAAAGAUGUUCCCUCCAAACAUACGGAGAAAGGCGUUCCCUCAGAGAAGAUUUCCACUAAUCACGAGAAGGUGGAGCACACGCCUUCUCCUCAGAGAGAAAAGCCAACAUCGUGUUUGGGCUCUGCCAUCAGCUCCCUGAUUGGAGGCAGAAACAGUACCACCACCACCAUUAUUGUGACCGAGCUCACACAUACGGAGCCACAUCACCCAGAUAUCCACAGCAAUGGACAGGUCAACGGUACUUCUGGGUUAUCCAGUCCAGUGGAGGAGAACAAGUCUCAGUCGGCUCCAUCAUCAUACAGCAUGCAGGAUUAUUCUCCCACUGUCACAGAGGGGCUUGAGGAGAGCAGUGUGACUAUUGAGACCCCCAUGUUGAACUUGGCUAAACGUGUUAAUCACUGGGUCUGGGACCCUAAUGAGGAACGUAAACGCCUGGAAAGUUGGCAACAGGAGCAGGAGCGCCUCCUUCAGGAGCAAUACCAGAAAGAACAGAAGAAGCUGAAGCAGGAGUGGGAGAAAGCUCAGCUGGAGGUGCAGGAGGAGGAGAGAAAACACAACGAAGAGGAGAGAAAGAUCCUAGAGGAGACGGUGACACCAUUAAGUCCCACCGGCUUGUUAAACCAGCAGCCGGUCCAGACAGGGACGACUUCAUCAGCGACAGAAAACAACGCGGCAGAAGGAGGAAACGUUCCUCCACAGCAAAACGGCCAAAGAAGGGAAGCGACCGACGACCAGCAUGAAUCCAAGCUGCAUUUUUUCCAGGAUUCUCCAUGUGAUGGCGAGCCUUCAAAGAAACAGGAACUGUGGAAGACGGCCUCUCUGGACCGCAAACCUCAACUAAACCAGUCACAGUUUGUUAAAAGGUCUGAAUCACAUGAUGCUGUAACAAGCAAACCGCAGCCUCCCCCCACAUCACCUCAGCCCCCCUCACCCACCAGGUGUGUGAGUGGGAGGAGACUCUGUUCUGGUUGUUCUCAACCGCUGGGCAAAGGAGCCGCCAUGAUCAUCGAUACACUCGGGCUGUUUUUCCACGUACAGUGUUUUAAGUGUGCAGUGUGUGAAGGCCAGCUGGGUGACGCCACUGUAGGAACUGAUGUCCGUAUUCGUAACGGACUGCUGAGCUGUCAUGAGUGCUAUAUCGCAUCUCGAGGCAGAGGUCAGCCCACCACACUAUGAUGACCUGGAUGUGACCUGGAACCCCUCACUAUCCCUGUCAGUGAUUGGCUGGAGAAGAAUUUUCUCAUUUUGGACCUUCUGGAAUACUCCUGAAAUGCACAAACAGCUUUAUGGAUGUCACUGAGAGCAAAAACUGGACUGACAUAUGGACUGGGUUACAAAACCUCACACACACACACACACACACACACACACACACACACACACACACACAGUACAGUACAACGUGUGUGAUUAAUAACUACACACAUGUAUACACUUUACUUAAUAUGUGUAGCAUGGAUGUAAUCAAGAAAUCAGUGUAUUUAGACAUGAAGCACAUCCGUACAUAGCACAGUUAAGAUAUGGCAUUACAUUUGUCCAUCAUUCCUAAAGCCAGCAAGGGGAGAUUUGCAGCACAGAAAUACAUAAAGCAUAUCAACUAUAUUUUGAAAACAAAUUAUAUGAAAUAAUAAGUUAUUUCCUUAGGUUUCAUUUCAUCUCCAAUCACAAUGCUUCCGUAAGAAUAAGAUAGGGAGGGAAUUUACAUUUCAAGCCAGCAGCCAUGACAUCAUCGAAUUAUGAAAACAGCAAGUGAGUGAGUUAUCAUUGCACGUUUAUAUGGAUAAAAGAAGACAUGCUAAUUCAUUUAUAGAGCAAAUAAUAGAUGGUAAAAAUAACUCUGAUAUAAUUUUCCUUUCAAAUAUAUUUUUCAUUGCUCUAAAUCUCCAAGUGCUCGACCAGAAAUGAGGCACAAACUGCAUUUAUAGACGCUAACAUAAGCUCACAUGUGAUGCUAGAAGCUGAACCACCACCACAUAGUCUCAAAUUCCUGAUUCAUCAACUCUGCUUCUCCACUGAUCAAGUGACUGGAUUACCUGAAGUAGCUUGACCAUUAUAAUGCCUUACUCAUCAUAAUACUUUCUCAUUCUUUUUUGUGUUUUGUGUUUACAGUUUUGCAUGAAAGAAGAACAUUAUAUAAGUUAUUGCUCAGAUGGAGUAGUGUGAGUUUGACAUUGUUAUCAUCUCAACAGCUAAACUUUGACUUUCCUCUUGUAUGUUGUACAUCACCAUGAUAUUUUUUAAUUGCUUUGGGAAUCUGGCAAACUUACACUACCAUUUUUCUCUUUAUAAUUAAUUUUACAGGAAUGAGAAUGCAUGUUAAUAAUUAUAUAAUUGUUGUUCUUUGGAUUUUUAAAUAUUUUCCCUUUAGGAUGUUUUAGCCAUUGUUUAUUCUCAUAGACUGUCUGCAUCUGAAUCAGUGCCUUAUGUAAUGAAUGCGAGGGUUUGGGUAUGUGCCAGAGUGAUUCACACUCACACCGACCACUUGGUCUCAGCACAUUGUGUGUGUGUGUGUGUGUGUGUGUGUGUGUGUGUGUGUGUGUGUGUGUGUGUGUGUGUGUGUGUGUGAAAUAAUGCAUGUAUAGAUUUGAAUGUGAUACCAGCAAAAAACAUUUUAAAAGGAUCUCCCUAUCACCUGCUGUUCUUUUCCAUAUCCUCCCAUGAGCUAAACCAAUGACACAAAGUGAUUUGCUGCUUCCCUGUUAAUAAUUCUCCUGUAUAAUGACAGUUUCACAAAGCCCUAUAAUCUCUCCUCAUCUGCCUCUAUCACAAGUGUUGCCUGCCCAGAGUCUGAGCUGAACGCCUCUCUCCUCUGUGUGUCUCUGAACAGCUGACAGCGUCUUCGUCACUCAGAGGAAGACAGCGCUCAGUUCUUUUAUAGCAAGUGUAUGUUUAUCAAUAAAAUAUUUUAA